GAUGGACUAACCCAUUAGACGGUAUCGUGUCGCCUUGCCAUCAACUGGUCCUUGGUAUGCCAUGCCGUGCCCUUCCCAACUGCCCGUCUCUCAUAAUCAACUCUGAUAUCAUGAUCUCAUAAACACUCGUCUCCACGUGCUUCUUUCACUGAUGCAGAAGCAAAUGAUAUGUGUUCCUAUCAUGCUGAAUGGAAUGGGUUGUCUAAAGUAGGAAACCAAGGAAACGCAUAGCACGAUACCCUGGAUAUAAAACGUGGGUCAUCGGGUACUCGAGUAUCCCCUCAUUACCUGGGGAACAUAUAGCGCAACGCCUGGAACAUCUUUGGUACGGUCUCCUGGGGAUAACCAUAAACAGACCGCCUCCGGCGAACCCCUAGUUCACUAGAAGAAAUUCGAGUUUGAUCCAUCUUCUCAUGAGCCGGACACACAUCAUGCGUGGAACAGGCAUGUUAUUAUUUGCUUUUUCUCUCUGUAUCGUAUCCGUGCUUGUAUGGACGGCGCUUCGUAAUUACAUCAUCAACACGACGAUGGUUAUCCCUCAGCUCAGGCUUCUCCCAGUGGUGGCUGGAGGAAGCAUUGCAGGAUAUGCAACUGCUCGUGUUCUGUCCGAUUACUUUGCACGCAUUGUUAUCAUUGAGCCGGAUUACCGAAUCGAGAGAACCGCAACGCGUGUUGCUCAGCGUGGUCACUGCCAUGUCGUGUUGCCACUGAUGAUUAUCAUCUGUCGAGCACUCUAUUCAAAUUUUGAUGAGGUGGCCGCAAAGAUGGGCUGUAAGGUUCACCCUUUCUUCCGAAGGGGGAUAUUGGGUACGUCCUGGAACCGCAGGCCCACGGCAGCACUCCCUGGGUUUGAGUAUCAGAGGGUCAUACUGGAAAGGGUCCUGCGCGAACUUGCUGCCUCUUACGCAGGGGAUUCUUUGGAGGCUAUACAAGGAACCGUUACCAGUUUGCAUGCUUCCACGCCAUCUUCGGCUGCUAUCUCUGCCGUGUCCUACAGGCCUUCGAUGGGAUCAGCUGAAACUGUCACAAUACCCUGCGUGUUUUUUGCGGAUUGCAGUGGAGGAAGUGCAAUAGCAUUCAAAUUGCUUCCCCGGGCGAAUAGCAAUCGCUUAGAGGCUGGUUCCACAGAGGCUGCAGUGGCGCAACGCUGGGGCCCAUAUACUCGCCGUUCCUAUGCUCCGGACGCCAUGUACAGGUGCUUUUAUGUUCCCGUGAAGGACGAGAAGUUGAAGCACCGAAUUGCUGGCCUAGUACCGCGGAAUGACCCCAACUGUGGAAAUUGGGCCGGACUGAGAACGUUAUACGCCCAAGCCCCUCGUAUUGAUAAAGCCGGCAGCGGAGGUCCAAAGGAAGGGAUCUUCAUCCAGAAGGUUCUGGAUAAUGAAUUGCUUAUCAGUUACGUCGCUUUAGGCGACGUGAAGCCACCCAGCAAUCUUGCUCAGCUCGACCUAGCUGUUCGUGACACGCAUGAGAAAUUAUUCAAGCUCAAUCCGUCGCUGAAGGAGAUUUCUCUUUGGGUUUAUGCCCUAUUUGACCUUCUCCGAGAAAGUCAAGUGGAUGACAAGAUUCAAAUCCUUUCUUCUAAAAUGCGUCCCUCGUAUUACCUUGACUAUUUAUCGGCACCUACCCCCAACAAUUUCGUAGCCAUCGGAGAUUCCGCCAUGUGCACGAAUCCUUUUUUCGCUCAAGGGAUGCCGAACGUGUUUAAGAGCGUCGUUGUGCUAAAUACGACCCUACAUAAGCACAUCACUGAUUCCCCCAACAAUACCAACAUCUCCUCACUACCGAUUUCGCGUUCCUAUUUUGCGCUAGCCAAUCGAAUAUGCGGGUCCACCUACGAUGUCACUCGUUCAUUUGACUAUGGCCACCCAGCCACGAAACCUCAAGAAGGAGAAACUUUGGAAUACGGUGCCAGAUUUAGGAAAUGCUUGAAUUAUCUAGAUAGGGCUAGUCAGUGGAGUACAGCGGUGGCAAACGCCGCUGAUGAGGUGGGUAUAGGAAUCAGCCCAUAUGUGGAUUUGUUUAGCCCGCUAGUGAUGGGGAUGGUCUUGUGGGAACGACUCCGAGGUCGAAACGAAGCGGGGACAUGUUGAACUAUUCGCCGGGUAUUCUGGCCAUUCAGUUACCCCUACCUGAGACGAACCCUAGCUGAAGUAGACCGCGAAGCCCCUAUGUGUAUCCAAUCGCAUUAUCAUGACAUAAACACUAGUAUGUAUGUGUCUUUGGUUACACUCGUCCUAUCAGAC